UCUCUCACUCAACUCACUCGACCCCAAAUUUUCGCUCUCUCAGUUGCUUCCUACUCCUUUCUCUCUCUUCCUCGUCUUCUCCUUUAUCUCUCUUCCGUAAUCGAAACUCAUAAAUGAAUCAUAAUUAAAUAAGCCAUUUAGAAUCCGACACACAGAGACUCAGAGUCGGUGGAGAGAAAAAAAGGAAAACAUUUUUCUUCAUAACCAAGACAAGCUAAACCUCAAGAAAAGCCAAAUCCUCUCUCUCUCUCUCCGUCUGUCUGAAAGUUCUCAUCUUCAGAGACGCAUUUCACUGGAACGGAACCAACCGCCGAUCACCGCCGUGUUCGUCAGAUUCCGGUAAAUCUACGGCCGCAUAUCACGUGAUGUUAGCUUCUGUUCACCAGGUAUUGAAAUGAAUGGGAUUCAGCAUAGAAAAGGUGUUGAAAUGAAUGGGAUUCAACAGAGGAAUGGCCAGGACAUUGAAAAUUUUCCAGGAUGCCUGGGCAGGAUGGUAAACCUGUUUGAUUUGAAUUCGGUCGUUCCUGGAAACCGCCUGCUUGCUGAUAAACCACAUCGUGAUGGUUCCUCACACUCUAGGAGUCAAUCUGAUGUUGUUAGGACGUUAAGCCCCGCCUUUGGAGAUCCAAUAGAGGAUAAAGUGAUGGCAUCGGAAUUAAGGAGAACUUUGUCAAACAAGAAAGGUAAUGUAAAACCCAUGAAGAUGCUCCUAGCCCAGGAAAUGUCAAAAGACAUGGAGUCGAAGCGUAACCCACCCAAUGUGGUGGCUAAGUUGAUGGGACUUGAUGUGCUACCAAAGCAGCAACAUAAUUCAUCUCCACAAAGAUGUCGUUUUAAAGGUUCUUCUCAACAUUCUUUGUGUCAAUCUGAGAUAGCAAGUAAAAGCUGGGAGCAUGAUCAAAGCUUUCCAGAUGAUCAAAUACAAUGUGAAGCAAGUCCCUGUGAAGUUCAGAACAAAUACAAAGAUGUUUAUGAAAUCUGGCAACAUUCCCCAAGAACAACCUAUUCAAGAGGUAGCUCUCCACAGAAAGGGAGGUAUAUUGAUAAUGCAAAUGAGAAUAAAAUGGCUCUAGUUCGUCAGAAAUUUAUGGAAGUGAAACAUCGGGUGACCGACGAAAAGCUUCGCCAGACCAAGGAAUUUCAAGAUGCACUGGAAGUUUUGAGUUCCAAUAGAGAGUUAUUCCUUAAGUUUCUGGAAGAGCCAAAUUCUACAUUCUCUCAACAUCUCAAUUUGCAAAGUUUAUCUCUACCUCCUCAGACAAAGCGUAUUACUGUUCUUAGACCUUCCAAGAUGGUUGACAAAGAAAAAUUUGCUGGAACAGGUGACAAGGUUGAUAAGCAGACCAAGAAAUCAAUUCAGACAGGUCAAGUAACUGGAUGGGGUAGAAAUAACACUGCAUCAUCUCCUUUCCCCAGUCCAAAAGUUGAUUAUCCUUCCCAACCAACUAGAAUAGUGGUAUUGAAGCCCAGUCCUGGGAAGACCCAAGACAUUAGAACUCCGGCAUCUCCAUCUCCCCCUUCACCUGGGUUAUUACUUGGAGAUUUCUGUGAGGAACCUAAAGAAGAUGAUGCACAAGAAUCAAAAGAAGUAGUGAAGGAGGUUACUAGGCAGAUGCGUGAAAAUAUGAUGGGUCACAGGAGGGACGAAACAUUACGCUCUUCUGUUUUUUCCAAUGGCUACACCAGUGAUGAUAGUUCAUGUAAUAGAUCUGAAAAUGAGUAUGCUGUGGAAAACCUCAGUGAUUCAGAGGUCAUGCCGCCCAAUUCUAGACAUUCAUGGGAUUACAUAAAUAGGUUUGCUAGUCAUUAUUCUUCCUCUCCCUUGAGUCGUGCAUCAUGUUCUCCUGAAUCCUCAGUUUGUAGGGAAGCAAAGAAGCGGCUAUCAGAGAGAUGGGCCAUGAUGACAUCAAAUAGGGGUUUGCAGGAACAAAGACAUGGCAGAAGAAGCUCAAGCACAUUGGGUGAGAUGCUUGCUCUUUCUGAUACAAAGAAGUUGGUGAGAUCUGAAGAAGAGGGAAGUAGUAAGGAACAAGAAGCAAGGGGAUCAACUUCCUGCAUGGCUAGUAAUCUGUACAAAGAAGAAAGUAAAAGUGAUUCUCCCAAGAAUAUGCUGAGGUCAAAAUCUGUGCCUGGGUCUUCCACGAUGUAUGGUGUCAGGCUUAAUGAUGAAGUUUCUGAUCCUGAAGCUAGCAAAGAACAAGUUCCCAGGGAACUUAUGAAGGCAAAGAGCAUGAAAUCAUCUUUGAAGGGGAAGGUUUCAAGUUUAUUUUUCUCAAAGAAUAAAAAAACAAAUAAAGAAAAAUAUAGUGGAUCUCAAUCUACCGAUGAAUCUCCUGUGACUCCUGGAACACCAGGGUCACCCUUAAUUCACCCUCAAAAUAUCACCAAUGAUGCUUCUCAGUAUGUAAAUGGCAGUUACAUCCAAGAGUGUUUGUCUCCUGUUCCGGGUGGAUCAGCAAGUAAAACUCCCUUACCAGACUUGAGUGGCACAGGACCGAAACAAGACAUGAUAGCUGUGGAGGUAGGUUUGUCUGUAGCAAAACCUUCAAUGCCCGCCCAGAUAACUGAGAAUCAGGAACAACCAAGCCCUAUCUCAGUUUUAGAACCUCUGUUUGAGGAGGAUAAGAACACAAUUUCAGAGUCCUCUGGUGGUCUCAAACCAGUGCACAGAGGAGUGGGAGUGCCACUAAGGUAUAACUUGAUUGAGAAGUCACCGCCUAUAGAAUCAAUUGCUCGCACCCUCUCAUGGGAUGAUUCUUGUUCGGACACAGCAACAUUAUUAUAUCCAUCAAAACUCUCUCCACUUUCCCCAGGUUCCAAGGAGGAAAAACGAGAUUGGAUUUCAUUUAUCCAAUUAUUACUAUCAGCUGCUGGUCUCAACGGUGAGGAGGUGCAGUUUGACUCAUUUAUUGCCAGGUGGCAUUCGCCUGAAAGCCCAUUGGACCCAUGCUUGAGAGACAAAUACGCCAACUUGAAUGACAAGGAGCUUCCGCAUGAGGCUAAGCGACAACAGUGGAGAUCAAACAGGAAGCUCGUGUUCGACUGUGUCAAUGCAGCAUUAGUAGAAUUCAUGGGGUAUGAAUCAGACAGGUGCAUGAGAGCUAUGUCAUUUGGCAGGGCCCAGAUGAGAGCCAAGGAGGGUGAAUCACCCAUGCUGGUUGACCAUGUAUGGGCCCAAAUGAAGGAAUGGUUUUCCGGCGAGGUGAAAUGUGUGGUGGGGGACGAUAGGGACAGCGACAACCUGGUGGUGGAAAAAGUGGUGCAGAAAGGAGUGGUGGGUAAAGGGUGGGUUGAUAACAUGAAAAGGGAAACAAAUAAUUUGGAAAGAGAAAUAGAAUGGAAGUUGGUAGAAGAACUUGUGGAAGAGGCAGUGACCGAUUUAACCGGUAAGUUGUUUUGAAUCUUAUUUGCAUUUCGUUUGUUCAUUUACCUCCCUCCCACUAAAAGACUCCUAACUACAUAUUUGUGAAUUUGUGCAUUUGAUUUUAAAGAAUGAUGAUUGUAGCCAGCUUAUUUGUUAAAUGCUGCAAGAAAGUUUAUAUAACUAUCAACUCUUAAUUAAUAAUGUAAUCACCCCUUAGCCGACA